AUGAACGAUCAGCCGACAGAUUAUUCGUCAAUCGACGCUUUUCAUGUUGGCCGUCGACGUAAACCGAACUUUACUGAUCAUGAAGUAUUAAAUAUUAUUGAUCAGUACGAUACCUAUAAAGAACUGUUACAUUCACGUGAGGCAUCGAAAAGCGUCAUUGCACAGAAGCAAGCCAUUUGGAAACGAAUUACAGAGAACUUGAAUGCCACCUAUCCUCAAGUUGAACGUACUGUUGAAGACGUUCGACGCAAAUGGAAAAAACUACAAAGUGAAGCUAAACGCGAAGCCGCUGCUUAUCGUGCCGCACAGUUAGCUGGUUCAACAACGCCCGUAACAAAUAAACAAAUGACCCUGUACAAUCGAAUUUUAUCUAUAUGCCGAGCACCGAUAUCAGCAACGCCCGCCAAUCAUUUUGCCCAUGCAGCUGUGGCUGCAGCAGCGGCGGCAAUACACCAUCAACAAGUUCUGCAGCUACAAUCAAAUUUAACCAAUGGAAAUGGCAAUAACCAUGAACUUGCAUACAAUGAACAGUUAUCAGAUAAAGCAGAUUCUCCAUCAUCAGAUUUUGCGAAUGGUAUGAAUGGGCAAGUUGACUCUCCAGGUGAUGAAAGUGCUAGUCUCAUUGGCAAUGACGAUAACUCUGCCAGUCCAGCAACAAGUAUUCAUCCGACAUCGUUGUCAUCUUUUCUUCCAUCUCAACAGCAGCCAUGCACAUCAGUGAUGACAAAUUCGACUAAUGGACAAAUCUCGAAACGAACACUAGAUAAACAACGGAAAUUUUUGAAAACAUCUCGAAAUCCUCCAACUUUAAACACGACGAAAUCCUACGGGCAACAACAACAUUCUCUACGUUAUGAAUCAUUGAUGAAACGAAAACGUACGUUAGAGUUAACAGGCCAGCGAUUAAUCUACGACAAGGAACGUCUAUUACUCGAAAGAAAAAAUCUCGACAUUAAAUUAGCUGUUAAUGAAUGUGAAAACGAACGUAUUGCGAUCGAAAAACGUCGUACAGAUCUUGCUAUACAAAAAUUUCAAUGUGCUCCAUCGAUAACAUCCAAUGGUCUAAACAAUCAUUUAUCCGAUCAAGAAGAUCACGAUGACAAAAAUAGUGUCGAUGGAAUGAGUGAUAUUAACGAGUAG